AUGGCGCCAGCUACUACUCGCUCAUACUCCAUUUCAUCUGCUUCGACGUCCAAUUCAAAAUGCUCGGCGGACAAUGUCACGAAAAAGAAGUUCGGCUGCAAUUUUCCCAAUUGCGGUAAAUCUUUCUCCCGGUCUGAGCAUUUACACCGUCACGCGUUGAAUCACAAGGAUGGAAAUAAUACCUGCAUGAGAUGUAGUGCCCAUUUCAGAAGACGUGAUCUGCUUGACAGACAUAUGGCUCGACACAAGGAAAAGGAUGACGAGGCUGGCGGUGAGGGACUCGGUGUUCUUGCCACUCGCAAACGACUUUGGAGAGACGAAACCGGCAAGAUUGUUAACUCGAGACGACCUUCAUACACGACCGACGGAGCUAAGAGACGCCAAAUCACUCGAACAGAGCGCAAGCUUUCAAAAGCCAGUUCCGCAGGUAGUAACGAAGAGUCAAGCUCACCAAUGACUCGAACAUCCUCGGUGGUAUCUUCAGACAUGAUUUCCGCUCAACCUCACAUCCCAAGCUUCAGCCGUCGAGAACCAGCCCUCAAAACCGAGCUCCAGGAGCCAGACUGGCUUUCCAUAACCACCAGCCACCCACUACUCGAACAGACGCACAUCGAAACCUCAUCCCCAGCAGAACUCUCCUCCUUCGACGCCCUCUACGAAGACACAACCUGGCCAUCCCUCCACAACGAACCCACCCUCUCAACCUCUCACUCCUCAACCUCCAUCUCCAGCCUCUCAUCCUCGGCGUCCUCCCCCAUGCUCUCCCCCUCCUCUUCCCACCACGAGUAUCCCACGCCCUCCUGGUCCCCUCUCCCCACCCCAACCUCCACCACCGCGCCUCAGCCCUUCCAGACCUUCAUGGGCGCCAUGGCGGAACUACCUUACGACGACAUCUUCAAGCCCGAAGCCGGUCUCUACGAUUGGCAGGCCUGGAAUAGUCAGGUUCUGAUGUCGAAGGUCCGGGAGGAGAAAUACGAUCCGUUGUUUAGUAGUGCGGCGGCUGGGGAGGAGAAGAAGGGUGGGUGGUUGGGCGCGGAUGCUUUUCGUAGGCCGUUUGCGGGGUUGAAUGGCAGUUAA